AUGCCCGCUGCGUGUCAAUUUGGGUCUCAGUUUGCGUUCUCGUGUGCGGCUGUCAGCAGGCAGGCAGCGGCAGCAGGUCCGAGCCGAGCUUGAGGAUUCCUGCACGUAUUUCAUCACACGAGCCUCUGGAGACGUGGCUUUACGUUGACAUUGUAGAACCUUUUCAUUUGGAUCGUGGGGCCACUAAACGUGACUUUAAUGCAACUUUUCUUUUGGUGUGCGCCGUGGCCGCUUCAUCAUUUGACAAUCCCGACAAGAGUAGAUUAUUAUUUUUUUUCUUUUUUUGAAGAUGUUCCUCAAGAGGUGCGUUUUGCUGUUGAUUGUGUUCUGUGGGGUUCCGGUGCUCGAGGCUCACGAGUGCACGCCGUGCCAUCUGCGGACUUGCCCCGCCGAGGCGACACAAGGCUGCGACGGUGGGCGGACCGCGGCCAAGGAUCCAUGCGGGUGCUGCGAGCAGUGUGCCCGCCUGGAGUGGGAGCGGUGCGGGGGGCCGGACUGGACCCACGGCUACUGUUCCCUGGGGCUGACGUGCGCCUCUGUCAACUCGACUGGUGGCGCGGCCAUCCCUGAAAUUGGAGUCUGUAAAGUGUUUCCGGACCAUCCGGAGGCCGGCCUGGAAGACCAGCGAUGCCCGCUGAUGACUGGCUGCGACAGAGCAGAUGGUCAGUGUGUUUGUGAUGCCAGGCACACCUGCCUCGGAUCUUUCACCUACCAAGACCAGGAGACUUGCAUGAAGGCCCAUCCAGAGGGUCGGAACCAAGAGCCGCGGGAAAGACACAGGCAGAAGUAUGUGGGACCGUCCGACCCGGCCUGCAUGUUCUCUGGAUGUAACCUGACCACUGACGGCUGUGUGUGCGAGUCUCAGAGCUGCAGCCACCACUUUGCCUUCAUCAACCGCAGCCAGUGCCAAGAAGCCGCAGAGGAGCUAAGGUGUGCCAGCGUUACCUGUCCUGCUCCCCAGGUGUCGUCGUGCCCAAAAGGCUCAGUCCUGACCAAGAGUUACACGCCUCCUGCUGGUUGCUGCCCCUCUCUCCCACCCCAGUGCACCUGUGACUUUGAGGCCUGCCGCCAGCCUCAUUGCCCAAGUGGACAGCGUGCUAUGCCACUCAGCAAGGCCAACGGUCAGCCUGGAGACUGCUGUGAUGUCUUUGAGUGCCAGAAAGUCUCCCCUAAGUGUGUUCACAACGGAAAGGAGUUCUCCGAUGGAGAAGUGUACCGCAUGGAUCCUUGCUGGCUGUGUCAAUGCCGAGGAGGAAUCUCCUUCUGCUCCAAGGCAGAGUGCGCUGAGCUUGAUUGUGAGAACUUCUACAUUCCUGAGGGCGAGUGCUGCCCUGUCUGCAUAGAUGUGGAGUUACUGUCAGUGGACAGCACCAAGGCGAGCUGCUGGGUGAACAACAAGCUGCGAGCCCACGAGGAGCAGUGGAAAGAGGACGACUGCACUUUCUGCCAGUGUGUGGAUGGCGAACCGCACUGCACAGCCAUGGCCUGCAAGCAAAGCUGCCAGAAUCCCGUCAAGAUACCUGGAGAGUGUUGCCCCUUCUGCGAAGAACCUUCCUAUGAAACUGUCAGCCCCAUGCUGUGUCCUCCAUUGGAAAACUGCAGCCUUUCUGAGAAUGACUGUCGUUACGGCUUCUAUCAAGACAUCAAUGGAUGUCUGCUCUGCCAGUGUCUCAAUAACGACUCCUGCCCUGACCUGGGAAAAUAUUGUUCCCUGCAAUGCCCCAUGGGAUACGAAAGGGACAACUUUGGCUGUGAGGUGUGCGAGUGCAGUAUCCCCGUGCCCAGGUGCCGACCUUUGACCUGCACCAAGACCUGCCCCUAUGGAUUUGUCCGGAACAAGCACGGGUGUGAGAUGUGUCGCUGCGUCAAGUGCCCCCCCUUCACCUGUGACAAGCACUGCAGUGACGGCUACAAGCAGAACAAGAAGGGCUGCUCCAUCUGCAUGUGUCAAGAGAACGUUCAUUCCCCCAGCACCACCGCCCCGAUUCCAGUUCCCAGCUUUUGCUUUACCGCUAAUGGCAACCGAUACGAGGAAGGCGAUAGCUGGCACGAUGGCUGCCGCGACUGCUACUGUCAUUCUGGAAGGGAGAUGUGCGUGCUCAUAUCUUGUCCUGUGCCCAGCUGCGCUCACCCAGUCAUGAAGCCUGACCAGUGUUGUCCCAUGUGUGAGGACGAGUCGGGUAGUGGUCUGCCGGAGGGGAUGGACAUGGUGGUCUGCAGAGCCCCUGGAGGGGAAUUCUAUGUGGAAGGGGAGACCUGGGACCUGGACGAGUGUACACGUUGCACCUGCAGACAGGGACGUGUCCUGUGCGACACUGAAGUUUGCCCACCGGCUCUGUGCCAGACAACUACCAAGAACAAGGACACCUGUUGUCAUGUGUGCCUAGAGGAGACGGAGAGUCCGCUGCUGCCAGUGAACACCAGCCAGCAGGAGUACUGCAUCACCAACGAUGGAGACGUGCUGCUGGCGGGAGACUCCUGGAAGACCAACGCUUGCACCAGCUGCAUCUGUAACAACGGCACCAUUCAGUGUUUCUCUCAGCGCUGUCCGCCUGCCAACUGCAGGGUGCCCGUCUUACGCAAGGGCCAGUGCUGCCCGUACUGUCUCGAAAUGACGACAUCUGCGCCAGUCUUGUUGUCGACCGUCGCCCCAAAAACAAGGGUCACUACAAGUGUGCGGCAGGCUGAUGAGAAUGCGGCUGUCACAGAACCGCCCAUUGUUGCAGACACAGAUGAGCCCGUUUUGGGUGAAAAUUACCCCAACCAAACAGAGAUGGCUCUCAUCUACCAGUCAGCUGCCUGGAUCCUGGCAGGUCUCCUCCUGGCCAUCAUCAUCUUCCUCAUUGUUGCCUUGCUUAUCAACAAGAAAAAGAAGUGGGUGCAGAUGUCCUGCUACAGUGCUCCAAAGAAGACCGUGAUCCUGAAGCAUGUGAACAAGAACCAGGUUGUUUAUAUGGAGCCCUCUAAGGAAAACAAGUUUCAGAAUGUGAAGAACGACUGUGGGAUUCAUUUCUCCCCUGAGAUGAGUUCUCCUUGUGCGGACAAGAUGACCAUCCCCAGAGCCAAGCUGGCAAACAACUGGACGGCGCGCUAACGUCAGCCAUCAGCAGAUCGGAGCUGUCCGCCACCUCAUGCUCUCUCUCGUACUGCUGUUAAUCUAUGGUGACUUGUGCAUCCACACACACUCACACACACACCAUGGAAGCCGUCUGCUACCCACGCUUCUCUCUAUGCGACUGGAAAACAAGAGGACUCCCCACGUUGCAUACAAAAACAAUUUCAUGUGACCUUUCUUGUGUGUUUGGACCUUUUCCAGCAUGGACACCAACAUUGUUGAUGUGAGGUGCUGGGAGGACACACAGUCACUCUGCUUUACUGCACAAUCACUGAGACUUCUCAGUCACUCUGUAACUACAACAUUGUAACCUUAACUUUUUCUUUUGCCUCUUUUCGGACUACAAGGGGAGGAGAAAUGUUCUCGGGGGGGGUCAAGCUCAGAGGUUUACAGCAUGCUGCCCCUCUCAGUGCAGCAGUGCUUCAUGGAUGUUGUCAGUACAAUUAGCAGGAAGGCCAAAAGAACUGGUAAUCCACUUGGAUCCACCAAAUUUUAACAGUCCAGCAGGUUUUAUAGACACCCUGCAUUAGAAUGUGUGGUUUCUGUUUAGUUUGUGUAUAUUGCAGCAGUACUGUAUUCAUAUUCAUGUUGUUCGAGGCCGAAUCCUGUUUUUUGUCGAUAUCUUCUUAGGUCCAAAUAUAUGCUGGUUGAAACAUUCCCAUCACCAUGUGAACAAACCUCACAAAAUGAUCCGUAAGAAUUCCCUCAGGAAUCUUCAAUGUCAAACAGAAGCUAACAGUUUUUCCACAACCUUAACAUGCAGCAGCCUGGUUUUCAGAUUUCAUCAUAUCUGGAUGCUAAAUCAGUGAUGGACGUCUAGGAAGAAUGUUAUUGGCAGUAGAGGAGACAAAAAUGGUGCAGUUUAGAAUGGUUUCAUCUAAACUUUUAAGGAAUGUCUAAUGCAACUUCAGAACUGCAAAUAUGUGAAUGUUGCCAAUGAUUCCUUGUAAAGCCUUGAUGCUACAGCCUUAAAGCUUUGUUUAUAACCUGUUUAAAUUGAACUGCUUUGCAAGCCCUUAAAAAAAACCAAAUGGUAAUAAUCACUAGUUAUUGAUGUCACCAGGCAGUUACAGUUUUUUUAACGCGUUGGAAAAAGCAAACCUUACAGAGAAACGCCAGCUCGUAUAAAGGAGAAUAGUAUCUCUCUUGUUGCUAACGCCUCCAAUGUAUUGGACACAUUUAUUACUAAUGUUGUGGCUUAAAAUAACGUCAUAACUGUAAUGAGGAUCCAGGGAGCAAAUGGAAAAAAAAAAAUUCCCUCCACAACUUUGAACAGUAAGGCGGAAUAUAAGGGCCACAAAAAGUGUUAUGAGAAAAAACAUUUUUAGCUAGACAAAAUAUAUUUUAAUCUGAAAAAACAGGACAGUAUUAUGAUAAAAAAAAUAUCUUGAUAAUGUUGCUAUUUCAACACAUUAAAUAUUUAAAAUUUCUUAUACUAAAAUGUAACUUGACAAGAUCCUCAACUGUUUUAGUGUGGCCCUAAUACUCUGUAAAAUUAUGGGGAGAGAUUGUCUCAAAAUUGUUGACACAAAUAUAUCUGCGAUUUACACAUCCACCAAUCUUCUGUACUGCUUAUCCUCACUGGGGUCGCGGGCCUGCUGGAGCCUAUCCCAGCUACCUUUGGGCGAGGUACACCCUGAACUGGUCACCAGCCAAUUGCAGGGCACAUAUAAACAACAAACCUUUCACACCUACUGGCAAAUUAGAGUCUUCAAUUAACCUACCAUGCAUGUUUUGGGGAUGUGGGAGAAAACCCACGCAGGCAAGGCCGGAUUUGAACCCCCGUCCUCAGAACUGUGAGGCUAAUCCCAGCGUGCCGCAACUACGUUACGUUUGUCUCAAAAAUAAAUGCGGGUGCCCACUGAUCCACAAACGCACCAACAAUUUACAAACAGAAUAGAAUAUUUAAAAAUAAGUCAUAAUAAAUGCCCACACAACAUUAAAAAAAAACACAUUCAAAUCACAGAUGUAUUUGUGGAUUUGAAAAACGUGAAUUGCAGAUUUGUGUAAAUAAUUUUGAGACAAAUCUCUCCCCAUAUAAAACAGGAUAAUAGUGUUUGCACCUAAGAUUACAACGAGCGCAUGUUUUUUUUUUUUUUUUUUUUAAAGUAGCACUUUCCGGCUCAGUUAUUUUUUUUUAACUGCCAUUGCAGGAUUCUUAGAGGGAUAAACAUGCUAAUCAGGGAUUUGAUGGGCGCAUUAAACCACCCCAGUAAACAGACCUUGUUCAAGCUGGAGGAUCAGAGUAGAAUUCAUUUUUUCAAUCAGCACUCAAACCAGUCCUAACCUAUCUCGCCACAACAGAUUGUGAUGCCAAAAUUGGUAGAUUGGUUUAUAUUGUGUUUUAGUGACUCAGUAGGUUUGUUUGACUUAUGAUCAUGUGCUUUAAAAUGAAGAGUGUGAAAGAUUCCCUGUUCUUUGUUCUACUUUGUGUAAAAAGCUAGCCUAAAUUAGUUGAGCAGAAGAGUACCCUAUUUAUUUUUUCACAUAGCUUUAUUUAUUAAUACUAAAGUCUGAGUUUUUUUUUUUUUUUUGAAGUAUGAAUUUUGGUAGCCAAAGCUGCUGUACAAUUUAGAGCAUUUACACCAAUCUGCUAUAUUCAGUACUGCCUUAUUUAUUUCUCUGUUCCAAGCCCUGUAAAUAAGUGAAACUGUAACCUUUACUCAUUUUGAGAAAUAAACGUGUGAAACAGU